AAUAUCUUACUCCUGAAUAUCCAUUUUCUUCCUCAAUUCAAAAAAUCAUUCAGGAGAGAUGGCCACCGUCACUACUCAAGCUUCCGCCGCCGUUUUCCGGCCAUGCGCCGCCCGAUCCAGAUUCCUCUCCGGUUCUUCCGGUAAACUCCACCGUGAGCUCUCCGUUAAACCAGUCUCUGCUUCAUCGUCUUCAUCUUUCAAGGUUGAAGCCAAGAAGGGAGAGUGGUUGCCUGGUCUGCCAUCUCCAGCAUACUUAAACGGCAGUCUUCCGGGCGACAAUGGAUUCGACCCACUGGGUUUAGCAGAAGACCCAGAGAAUUUGAGGUGGUUCGUACAAGCGGAGCUGGUGAAUGGGCGGUGGGCUAUGUUGGGUGUCGCCGGAAUGCUUCUGCCGGAGGUUUUCACGAAGAUCGGAAUUAUCAACGCCCCUCAAUGGUACGACGCCGGAAAGGCAGAGUAUUUCGCCUCGUCGUCAACUUUGUUCGUGAUCGAGUUUAUCCUCUUCCAUUACGUCGAAAUUCGGAGAUGGCAAGACAUUAAAAACCCUGGCUGCGUUAACCAAGACCCCAUUUUCAAGCAAUACAGUUUGCCCCCAAAUGAAUGUGGUUACCCUGGUGGGAUUUUCAAUCCCCUGAAUUUCGCCCCUACUCUUGAAGCCAAAGAGAAGGAAAUAGCCAACGGGAGACUUGCGAUGUUGGCGUUUUUGGGGUUCAUUGUGCAACACAACGUGACAGGGAAGGGGCCAUUUGACAACCUUUUGCAGCACAUUUCAGACCCAUGGCACAACACCAUUGUUCAGACAUUUGGUGGCAACUAAAUUUGGUUUGUUGGAAGGUCGUUGUUGUAUUAAGAGUAAAUGGUUGAGAUGAAUUGAGAUUCUUUUGAGAGUUUGAUUUUGGGGUUUGUGUUGCUAAUGGAAUUUGUGGUAUGCAACAACAUAGUGGAUAUCAGUGUACAGAGGGUGGGGGGCUUGUUAUUUAGCUUGGACGUUGUUCUUUAAAAUGGCAUGAUCCUUUCACUUGAUAAUCCAUGAAUUGGCUCUUGUAGCUUCCUUCAACUUUCACAUCUUUAAUCAUAUUGAAACUCAAA